UACGACGCGGUUGCAUUGCGAGCAUCUCUGCAUGUUCUCGCGUCAGGCUUGUCACGCUACUACGAUAUCGCCGAGCUGGACUUCCCGCACUACCAUCUACGCCGCGCAAUCAUCUAAUUGCAUUUUCCCCGCCGUGAAAUAGCUAUCUCACCAUGAGUUCGACCUGUCGUGCUCUAUCACAAAUGAUCUCCAGUCUCAGACCCAAGAGUCCUUUCAUAAAAUCGACUCGCUCUCUGGCUGACUACUCACGACAGCAACAUUCAGAACUGUUCGAAUACACGUCGGGGCGAUGGAUUUGGAAUGACACCCUGAAGCAUGCUGAAAGAAGACGUAUCUUCAAUUUAUCGGAACUGAAGCGCCUUGGGGCUGCAGCCGUCAGCCGGAACGUAGAAGACGUGGCUCGAUUUGAAAAGUUGGGUGAAGGGGGCUUCAACCGAACUUUCCUAAUCACUAUGCAUGAUGGCUUCCAGUUUGUCGGACGGAUCCCUUAUCCAGUUACCGAGCCGAAACACCUAGUCAUAGCUAGCGAAGUUGCGACAAUGGACUUCCUCCGCUCGCAUGGCAUACCUGUCCCUAAUAUCUACAGCUACUCAGCUACAUCGGAGAACCCCGCUGGCACUGAAUAUAUUUUCAUGGAGCUAGUUCGCGGAACGAAUCUGGGCGAUAUCUGGUUUGAUCUGUCCGAGAAGGCUAGAAUUGCCGUCGUCACCAGAUUCGUAGAGUUAGAAUCUCGACUGUUCGAUCUUCCUCUGCCAGCUAGCGGUAGUCUGUACUAUAUCAAAGACCUACCAGCGGACUCCAUCAAGGUUCGAAUCCCUACCGCCGAUCCUUCACACGGGAAGGACUUUUGCAUUGGUCCUGACACACGACUUGGCCUUUGGUACGGGAAACGGGUCAACAUUCAGAUUGAUCGUGGACCAUAUACAGAUGUAGAAGCUGUUCUUGCAGCUGGGGCUAAGAAGGAGGCUGCUUACUUGAAGGAAUUUGGCCAACCGCUUCACCCCUUCCAACGUCUCCGCCGAGAAAUUUACAACUACGAGAAACAACCACCCUCCGAGCACUUGAAUAGUCUGGCGAAGUACUUGCAAAUCGCUUCUUACCUCAUACCGAAAGGUAACGACACUCUUACCCGCCCGACGUUAAGACACCCCGAUCUUCAACCCAACAAUAUAUUUGUCUCCGAUGAACUUGAUAUUACAGGUCUUAUCGAUUGGCAACAUUGUGCAGUUCUCCCACUCUUUCUGCAAUGCGGUAUCCCAAACAGCCUUCAGAAUUACGGCGACAGUGUGUCGGUAUCGUUAACCGUUCCUGAGUUACCACACAACUUCGACGAGCUAGACGAACGCGAACAAUUUGAGGAAGACGUACUCUUACGUCGGCGUCAACUUCAUCACUUCUAUGUCGCGGCGACGGCUAAGCUUAACCCAACGCACUAUGACGCCCUAAGCUAUGACUUCAGUACGUUGAGGCGCAAACUUUUCGAUCAUGCGAGUUCACCCUGGGAAGGCGACAACAUCACUCUCAAAGCCGAUAUCGUUCACUUACAGAUGAACUGGUCAAACAUCACUACUGCAAGCUCGAUCACGAACGAUGAUGCAAAGCCUCCUUGCCCGAUCGCUUUCUCGGAGGAAGAGGUGAGCGAGUGUUUGCGCAUGAAUGCAGCGCAGGUCGAGGCAGACGAACAGCUCCAGGCUUGUAGGGAUGCUAUUGGCAUUGGGCCCGAGGGGUGGGUGCCAUUGGAACAAUACGAUGAGAUAAAGGAACGUGAAAGUAAGCUGAAAGCUGAUGCGCUUGAUGCAGCUGAGUCUGAUGAGGACCGACUGAUGCUAUGCGAGCAUUGGAUGUUCGAUGACUUUGAUGAGGAAGAGUAUUCGUAA